AUGCCGCCAAAAACGCAGCAAAAGACCAAGGAACAAAAGAUGGCCGCCGCUAUGGCUGGUGGUAAAGGCAAGGGGAAGAAAAAAUGGUCUAAGGGCAAAGUUCGUGAGAAAGUUGCCAACAAAGUCCUGUAUGAUCAAGAGACAUAUGAGCGUCUCUUGGUGGAGGUGCCCAAGAUGAAGUUGAUUACGGCUUCAGCUAUUGUGGAACGUCUCAAAGUGAAUGCAGCACUUGCCCGUGCCUCGAUCCAUGAACUAGCAGAGAAUGGAAGUAUCUCAAAGGUGCUUGGUCAUCACUCUCAGCUCAUUUACACUCGUGCUGUUGCUGCAGAGGAGUAA